AUGGAGCACAGCAAGGGGGCCACUGGAGCCCCGGCUGGCACCGUGGUGCCCCAGGAGCUGCUGGAAGAGAUGCUGUGGAUUUUUCGUGUGGAAGAUGCAUCUCCUUGGAAUAUUUCCAUCCUGGCCCUAGCAGCCGUGGUGCUUGUGAUAAGCAUGGUCCUCUUGGGAAGGAGCAUCCAGGCAAACAGAAAUCAAAAGACAUGGCCACCAGAAAAAGAAACUCCAGAAGUCCUGUAUUUGGAUGAAGCUGGAAACAGGGAUCACAACAGCCUAAACAACCUAAGAGAGACUUUGCUCUCAGAAAAGCCAAGCUCGGUCCAGGUGGAAAUUGAGUUACAGGAAAAAGAUGUCCCAUCAGUUCUCCUUCCAGAUGCACCAGAAGCUGAGAGCUACUGA